UGGGCACGGGGGUUUCCCGGGAGGGAGCUGCAGGCGCUAGAGAGAGACUCUGUUUAUUGCUACGGGUGGGGAGCUCCGGGGCUGAAGUUCCUGGCUCAGCGGCUGCUGCUUCUUCUUCCAUUGUGACCCGGGAGCCCGGGCUAAGCCGCUACUGCUCCCCAGUGGGGUUUGUGACCUGCAUUAAUCCCGCUCUGUGAUCAGCCGGACGGGAGCAACUUUCUCCGGUGGCUGGAACCAGCCCCGGGCUCUGCCGACGCCAGCCCCUGAGCCGGAGCCUGCAGGCUGCAGAAUCACAUCCAAGAUUCACUCGAGAUCGUCCCAUCCUCCCAGGUGACGGAGAAGGGAAAUGACUGCAGCUGAGCUGGUGACCUUCGAGGAGGUGGCUGUGUAUUUCACUGAGGAAGAAUGGGCCCUGCUGGACCCAGGUCAAAGAGCUCUGUACAGGGACGUCAUGCAGGAGAAUUAUGAAACUGUGACCUCGCUGGGCGCAAAUGUUUCAACAUGGCCCCUAUCUACUCCGUCCCAGAGGCUGGUCCAGAUUAGAAGGCAGAAAAAACAAACUCAGGACGACAUGUUUGCCGAGCUCAUGCAGUCGUCCCGCACUGAUAGGGCCCAGCUGAACGCGUGGAGACAAACAAUUGCAGAGUCCCAUAAAGCAUUACAGGAACACGAAGAGAGGAGGGACGCACGCGAUGAGAGCUUGCUAUGGUCAAGCUCAUUGAGGAGCAAACUGACAUGCUCCGCUGUAUGGUGGAUCUAAUGCGGGAAAGGCAGCAAGACCACAGACUGCUGCUGAAGCCCCCGUAUAACCACCCUCUCUCCUCCCCAAGUUCCAUAGACUCCUCGCCCAAGAACACGAGGGGGAGGCAACGGGGACCCACACACUCAACCCCAGAGGAUCGCCCAAGCAGCAGAAAUGCGAACUUUUGAUUUGGUUUCUGGACUUGUCCUUUCCUCCUCCUCCACCCCCCUAAUCCAAUACUGCCCCCCAUCCCCGGUCUACCUUCUGAUUUCUCUCAAUGUGUUGUGCAACAAAUAAUA